AUGAAAAAGGAUCUUUAUAAUUGGAUUGGUCGCCAAAGACGACAGGAAGCAGAAGAAGGGGAAACAGAAGCUGAAGGUGCACUCGGUUACCUAGAAUGUCUCGGUUUGCGUGACCCUGAUUUCUAUGAAACACACACAAUUGACAAGGACUUCAGAUUGGCAGACCUGUUCUGGGCCGAUGGAAAUUGUCGUAGAGAUUACAAUUUGUUCGGCGAAAUCAUGGCUUUUGACACGACAUAUAGGAAAAAUGCAUACAACAAACCAUUACUAAUCUUCGUCGGGGUGAACCAUCAUUUCAGAACAAUUGUUUUUGCAGUUGCAUUGUUAUACAAUGAGAUGGAGGAGACAUACAUAUGGGUUUUACAAGAAUUCUUAGAGUGCAUGAAAAACAAGGCACCGCAUGUUAUUGUCACCGAUGGAGACCACGCUAUGGCAAACGCAAUAAAGGUAGUCAUGCCGCAGUCAGUCCACCGUUUGUGUGCGUGGCACCUUCAGGCCAACUUAACCAGCAAUGCACCUCACCCACUUUUCAAGGAAAAAUUCAACGACCUCCUUUAUCAAUAUUGUACCGAGGAACAGUUUGAGGAUACAUGGAACAAUAUGGUCUCAGAAUUCCAUCUUCAAGAAAGUCGCUGGGCAAAAACAACUUACGCCAACCGUAAAAGUUGGGCUGAGUGUUUCCUUUGGGGAAACUUCUUCGCGGGUCUUACAACCACCCAAAGGUCCGAGUCAAUCAAUUCCUACCUAUCGCACUUCCUAACGAGCAAACUUAAGCUUAGGGAUCUUGUCGGCCAAGUUGAUGCAGCCAUACAGAACAUUCACCACACCGAAAGGGAGGAUGACUUCAUUAGUAACCACACUUCGCCCAGUAUACCAACAAACGUCCUCCACCAGUACUACCAAAAAUUUUCCUCCAUUCUUACCAGGACCAUGUACGAAAAGGUGGCAGAGCAAAUCAGUAGUGCUCUUUCAUACUUAGUUGACUCUGUAGAUGUAACAGUUAACAGUCGGUCGUACUACUUGACACGUUUCCCAAAAGGACUAGUACGGAGUUAA